UGCGGCGAAGGUGUGCUCGUAUUUCCGCUCAUCCGUUUCACGAUGUGGUGAUUCCGCGUUGUUUGAAAUUGUCAAAUUUCGCACAUUUUUUUGACUGAAAUCUUCUGUAAAAAUUAUCGUUAAUGUGUGAUAUGUAAUUUAUUUUAUUUUCCGCUAUUUUCAAACAAAUCGUUUGUGAUUAUUAUAAUACGGAACAAAUUUUAGCCGGUCGCAUUGUUUGUCACGCUAUUACAAAUUAUGUAUUUAUAAAUUUUAUGAAUAAAAGGGGUGAUAAUAUAAUAGUUUGCCAACAUGGGAUCAUCACAAAAAGAUAUAGAACUAAGUCCAGUGAAGUCUGACGACAAUAAACAGGAGAAUAAACCUAACGUGUUGGUACAAAAUUACAAUGCACCGGUUAACGACGAAGAGGAUGUGAUUAUUGGUAGAUUUCGUAAGAUCAGCUCUGCUAAAUCGAUGGCUGCAACCAAUGGGAACAUACAGUACCCCGCGGAAAGUUCAAAGUCUGAAGAUAUUGAAGCAGGUCUUCAUUUUAAAAAGGAGAUUAGUGAAAAAGAUAAAUUGUUGCCUAACCCUAAGAGCGAUGUUGUGGACACGCUGCACCCCAAAUCUCCUGUUGCCAAGAGUAGUUUCCGAGAUAUGGAAAAGCCGUCGAGAUUUAAAGACCAUCCAUCUGCUACAAGAUUUAAGAUGGAAGAUGAGAAAACAGAGGACGAGGGGUCUGAGGAGUCUGAGGGGUCCGGCAUGGACAGUGAUGACCCCCUUACAGUUACCGACACCAAAUAUACCAAGAGCUUCAGGCACUUCACCCGGGAAGCACUUCCGAGGCUGGAUAACUAUAGGAACGUGCUGUCUCUACACGCGGCGCCGCGUCCCACCCUUGAUGAACUUCACAACGCGUCGCUCUCCAGGAAGCCAGGCCAGACCCUGGAGAAGGACAUGGAUAGUCCGGCGCUGCCCACACCCAAUAUCAAGUUCGGUUGGAUCAAGGGCGUGCUGAUGCGAUGUUUACUUAACAUAUGGGGUGUUAUGUUAUUCCUGCGUCUCUCAUGGGUCGUCGGUCAAGCAGGAAUCAUUCAAGCGAUGCUCUUAAUCCUGACGACAUCAGUGGUGACCACCAUCACCGCGCUCUCAAUGUCCGCCAUCAGCACCAAUGGUGUAAUUAAAGGAGGUGGUACUUACUACAUGAUCUCGCGGUCUCUGGGUCCGGAGUUCGGGGGCUCUAUCGGGCUGAUCUUCGCGAUGGCGAAUGCUGUCGCCUGCGCCAUGUACGUGGUGGGCUUCGGAGAGUCCCUCAUCACUCUCAUACCGGAGUCUGCUUACAUGGUCAGCAAGAGUUGGGACCAAGCUAUCUACGGCUGCAUCACUAUAGUGUUGCUGACGGGCAUAGUGAUGGUGGGCAUGGAGUGGGAGGCGAAGGCGCAGAUUGUGUUGCUCAUCAUAUUGCUGGCGGCCAUCGCCGACUUUUGUGUAGGCUCUAUUAUUGGACCUAAGAGUGAUAUUGAAUACGCUCAAGGAUUCGUCGGCUACAAUAUGUCAGUGUUGCAAAGUAAUUUAGCAUCAGACUAUCGGUACUUUGAGGGAGUGGAGCACAACUUCUUCUCCGUGUUCUCCAUCUUCUUCCCCGCAGCCACCGGGAUACUGGCCGGUGCUAACAUCUCUGGAGAUCUCAAGGACCCUCAGAAGUCGAUCCCCAAGGGUACCCUGCUGGCCAUCCUGCUGACGACGUUGUCGUACCUGGUGAUAGCUCUGAUCGCGGGCUGGUCCGUGUUGCGAGACGCGUCAGGCGAUGUGAACGCACUCACAGACUGUCUGCAGAACAGGACCUGUACAUACGGACUACAUAAUAGUAACGAUGUGAUAAGAUUGGUGUCAGCGUGGGGUCCGUUAAUCUACGGCGGGUGUUUUGCAGCCACUCUCUCCUCCGCACUCGCCUCACUCGUCUCCGCACCUAAAGUCUUCCAGGCGCUGUGCCAGGACAAGCUGUACCCGUACCUGGAGUUCUUCGCUAAGGGCUACGGCACCAACAACGAGCCCGUGCGAGGAUACGUCCUCACCUUCAUCAUCGCUGUUGCAUUCAUAUUGAUGGGUGGCUUGAAUCAGAUAGCUCCGUUGAUCUCCAACUUUUUCCUGGCUGCGUACGCACUCAUCAACUUCUCCACUUUCCACGCCAGUCUCGCGAAACCUGUGGGCUGGAGACCUACCUUCAGGCUGUACAACAAGUGGUUGUCUCUGUGUGGGGCUGCUCUCUGUGUGGUCAUCAUGUUUGUGGUGUCGUGGGCAACCGCUCUGCUCACAUUUGCCUUUCUGCUCACCCUCUAUCUGCUCGUCUCGCACAGAAAACCCGAUGUAAACUGGGGCUCUACAACACAAGCGCAGACUUACAAGACGGCUUUAUCCGGUGUACAACAACUUAAUAGAGUCACUGAACAUGUCAAGAAUUACAGGCCCCAGAUAUUAGUACUAACUGGUUUCCCCGGCGAGCGUCCCGUACUGUGCGACUUUGCGUACCUCCUCACUAAGGGCCUGUCCCUCAUGCUGUGCGGUCACAUCAGUCAGGGUCAGAUCAGUCACCGCACUCGGGAGGCGCUCACCAACAGAGCAUACCACUGGUUCCUGAAGCGCAAGGUGAAGGCGUUCUACAGUGUCGUCGAUGACGUCAGCUUCAAGGAUGGAGCCAGCGCUCUCAUACAGGCCAGUGGCGUUGGCAAGUUGAAGCCUAACAUACUGAUGAUGGGUUUCAAAGAAGACUGGCAGAGUUGUGAUCGCGCAGAGAUCGUAGAUUACGUUGAAGUUAUGCACAAAGCUCUGGACGUGCACAUGGCGCUGGCCAUACUCCGUGUUGAGGGAGGACUGUACAGUGGUGAUGCACUGGACCAGGACCUGCGUCUCUGUCUCCGGGACCUCAGUCACAACGACACCGCCGCGUUCUCACGCUCCAUGGGUGAUAGCUACAAGGACUCCAAGUCGACGGAGAGCCUCAAUACGCACUCACAAGGCAGCAGUAUGUCGGAUGUGUCUCUGGGUGUGUCUCGUGAUCCCUCCGCAGCCAGAGACACGCAGCAACAACAGAAUGAAGUUAAGAGUGGUAAGAGUUGGAAGAGGGCGCUGCGAGGUAGACGCGCCUCCUCCUUUACCUCAGUGGAGCAGUUCACGCGGCGACAAGGCGGCACUGUCGAUGUAUGGUGGCUGUAUGACGACGGCGGUCUGACGUUGCUGCUGCCUUACAUCUUGUCAACGAGACGCGCCUGGUCCUCGUGUCCGCUGCGUGUCUUCACGCUCGCCAACAAGACUACUGAGAUGGAGAUCGAGGAGAGGAAUAUGGCGUCAUUGUUGUCAAAGUUCCGUAUUGACUACUCAGCACUGAAGAUGGUGUCUGACGUGAACAAGAAGCCGCGUGACACCACACUCGCCUACUUUGACAAGCUGGUCGCACCAUUCAUGACAACUGAUGACAACGUUGACAAUAUGGGUAUAACGGAGGCGGAUUUGCUGGCGGCUCGUGACCGCACACACAGACACUUGCGACUGCGCGAGCUGAUAGCUCAGCACUCCAGUGGUGCGCGGCUUGUGUGUGUCACACAGCCGAUGCCUCGCCGGCGUGCGGUAGUACCUCCUGCCCUCUACCUCGCCUGGCUAGCCGCACUCGCUACCGCCAAUGACCGCGUGCUGCUCGUACGCGGCAACCAUGCAGCUGUACUCACAUUCUACUCCUAAUACCCCGCCUCCAAUAGCCACGCCCACUGUUACAUAAACCACGCCCACUGUUACAUAAACCACGCCCACUGUUACAUAAACCACGCCCAUUGUUACAUAAACCACGCCCACUGUUACAUAAACCACACCCAUUUAUACAUAAACUACGCCCACUGUUACAUAAACCACACCCAUUUAUACAUAAACCACGCCCACUGUUACAUAAACCACGCCCACUGUUACAUAAACCACGCCCACUGUUACAUAAACCACGCCCAUUGUUACAUAAACCACGCCCACUGUUACAUAAACCACACCCAUUUAUACAUAAACUACGCCCACUGUUACAUAAACCACACCCAUUUAUACAUAAACCACGCCCACUGUUACAUAAACCACACCCAUUUAUACAUAAACCACGCCCACUGUUACAUAAACCACACCCAUUUAUACAUAAACC